GGCGUGAGUUGUCCCUGGAAAGGAAGCCCAGAGACUCGUGGUUUUCUGUGGCAACAGUCUGAGCGCGCAGUUCAGUCUGGGAGAGACAGCGAACACACAGGCGGGAUGGAGAGCCYAGGACAUACAAAAACAGAUGUCUGAACACUUUCUAAAAACCAACUAAGACGCACAGGAGGGAGGAGAGUCUCAGCUGGAAAGAGUCUGAGCGUGCCUGUUUGAGAAAGUGAGGGAGCAUCACAGAAAAGAGAAAAGAGAGAGGGGGAAGAGCGAAAAAAGGGGGACCAAGUCUGGACCAGGUGAUCGACAAACCUCCAAGGGGCUGCCGGGUUGUAUCCUUGUACACGGGAUCAGUGAUCCAACCAUGAUGCCAGCGCGCUGCCCGGAACCCCGUGCCAUCCUGGCACUAGCCAUCCUCCUGGGAUGCGGCGUGGUUCUGUGCCUCGGUCAGAACGACACGGAGCCCAUCGUGCUGGAAGGGAAGUGUCUCGUGGUGUGCGACUCGAAUCCUUCAUCGGAUGGAGCGGUGACCUCCUCGCUUGGCAUAUCGGUGCGUUCCGCCGGGGCAAAGGUGGCUUUUUCCGCUGUGCGUGGAACCAAUCACGAGCCGUCAGAGAUGAGCAACACGUCCAUGACCAUCUAUUUUGACCAGGUAAGAUUUCUACUCAACAUCGGCAACCAUUUCGAUCUGAAAGCAAGUGUUUUCCAGGCUCCGAGGAGGGGGAUCUAUAGCUUCAGCUUUCAUGUGGUGAAGGUCUACAACAGACAAACUAUACAGGUGAACCUGAUGCAGAACGAUUAUCCGGUUAUAUCAGCGUUCGCCGGUGAUCAGGACGUGACGAGAGAGGCGGCCAGCAACGGGGUACUGCUGAUGGUGGAACGGGAAGACCGCGUCUACCUGAAGCUGGAGCGGGGCACCCUCAUGGGCGGAUGGAAAUACUCCACCUUCUCAGGCUUUCUAGUCUUUCCUCUAUAAUCCAAUCUGCGACGGACUCUCUGCUAAACAGGCCGAGGAACAAAAGCAAGAAAGAGAAAAAAAGAAGACAUGCCAUUUAUUUUUCAAUUUUAAUAACUGUCAGCCAAGGAAGCCGACGAAUAUCUCCACACUCGUCAACUAUCUAUAGUCAAAUCUCGACGUUUCCUUGGAGUUUCAUAUAAUCCAAGCCCAUCAGUCAACUUUUACGCAUUCUGGAUGACUAUGAUCGGCCAGUGAUUGGCAUGUGCUCGUGGAUUUUUUUUCCCCUACUUGCUUGGAAAACAAACGGGGUGUUUUUGGACAAGGAGAGAGAGGAUGAAGAGAAACUGAUGUCCCGGACAGGCCGAGUGUGUUAUGCUCUAAUUUACGUUUGUAUAGCCUUAAACAAAAGAAUCUAUGAUUUUUUCCCCGUCCAAGUGAAGAAUGAGGAAUUAUACGGACAACCCAGAUGAUGGAGAAGAAGUGCUUUUACGCCCAAGAAGGGGGCGUGUUUUUGUUUUGCACGAAUGGAAGUUUUACCUCUUUAUGUUGUGCUGUCAAUGGUGUUUGGAUGCUGAAACAUGUUGAAAAAUAAGCCAAAUCUAGGCCGCGUUUAUUAUAAGAGAGAAGAAGAAGAAGAGAAAAAAGAGGCAACAAAUUUCAGCCACCAGAGAUGACUUAAAGCCCUUUUUAUUUAAAAGAAAAAAUAAUAUAUCUAAUUUAUGAAUAUUUCACAGUACUGUGUGUUCUACAUUUCGGAAAUUUGCGUAUAGCUUUGACUGAUUUAAUGUUCAGUGACUUUGCUCACUAAAUGUACAUUAAUUGUGAAGAUUAUAGAAGAAUCCCUAUAUGUCCCGCUUAAUAAACAAUAUUGUACUGUA